AUGUUACUUCUGCUUGUAGGUCUUUCGACUUUAGCUCUGACGUCUCGCUUCGACCUCCUCCCUCGAAUAGCUGGAGGGGAGAAAGCAGAUUAUACCCCCUGGAUAGCCAUAUUGUCCUAUGGUGACGUGCUAACCAAGUUCCAAUGUGGUGGUUCCGUCCUGACUGAGAGGCAUAUAUUGACGGCUGCCCAUUGUGUGAGUGCUGCGUACAUAAAUGGGAAGUUAAGUAGCUCAUAUAUGGCGACUGUGGGUACAAAUGUAAUUAACGGUAGUGGUCAAAACUACAGCAUCAUAGCGAACUACACUCACCCAAAUUAUAGGAUGGAAUAUGUGAAAAAUGAUUUAGGAAUUGUAGUUACAAAUGCAAGCAUUAUUUUUUCGCCUCUAGUGGAAAGAGUUACAUUGAAUUUUAAUCACAUCGCUGAUGGGGUAAAUGUCGUUAUCUAUGGCUGGGGCAGUGCUGGGCUUAGUGAACCAUUAAAUCCGGAAUUGGAAGAGCUAGAAAUAGUAACAGUUAACUCAACGUAUUGCUUAGAAGAAACAAAACGAAUAGCAAUGAAGUACUUUGGAUUCAUCCCCCCUUUUAUUGACCCAGAUAAAGAGCUGUGUGCGUAUAAGGAGGUUGGCAGUGGAACUUGUAAAGGUGAUUCUGGCAGUCCUCUCGUAUGUGCAGCCACCAACGAACAAGUUGGUAUCACAUCCUGGGGAAUCCCCUGCGCACUAGGUGCUCCCGACAUGUUCACAAGACUCAGUAAUUAUAAGGAGUGGAUUUUGAAGGUGGUAGACGAUAUGGGAUAUUUGGAUAAAUUAAAAUACACUAUGCAUGAAUGUACUAAUAAUAAAACUGUCUAUUGA